UCAAUAAAUUUCUUAUUCGAAUUCAUUUGAAUAUAAAAAUACUUGGAGAUUCUAAAUAAGCGAACUCUAAAGUGAACUCUAAUAAGUUAAAACGAAUUGUAAUGUUCAAUUGAUUUAAAUUUAUUUUAUUUUGCUGGGAGAAUGUACGUCAAAUGUUCCGAAUCUCAUUUGUAAUUAUUUAACCUUUUCUUCUUUAUGCUUACGGAAAAAAAAUACAAUGCAAAAAAUUACUGGUAUGCACUGAGAGAAAAAAUGUAGUGGUGGCAACUAUAAAGAGACAACAAAUUUGGUUAAUAGAAUUUAUAAUAUAUAGUUAAGCCGAACUAUAUUAUAGAACUAUAAUCUAUUACAACCAAGUUAAUGGUUAAGAAAACUAAUAAAAAAUAGUUGUAAUUAGUAUAUUAUAUAGUAUAUUACAACAAUUUUGUAUUAAUUCUCAUAAGCAUUAAUAACUUAUGUUGCAAUAAUUAUGUUAUAGUUUACUUAACUAUAUAUUAUAAUUCUAUUAACAAAAUUUGUAUGGUUAGCCCCUUAUAGUUACUACUACAAUUUUUUCUCUCGGUGUAUUAUUGAAGAACUGCAGUUUCUCAAUAUACUAAUAAUUUUUUUCGUAUUCUUGUAGAUUUUUUUCUAUACCAGGAUACCAGACAAUGUAAGUUGAUUAAUUCUAUUGCAAUUACAAUCUUAGAUAAUUUUUUAAUUUGUCUUUAAGUUUGAAAUUUAUGAAAAAAACUUUACAAUGAUAAAAAAAAAUAUAUACGACAAUAGUACAGCGUUUACGACUUCAAACUUAUAUUUAAUAAAAGAUCUUUAAAACAAAUAUUUGUUUAUUCAAAAAUUUUAUCGUAUCGUAAAAAAUACAUUUAGCAAAAGUUUAACACACUGUCUUUCAUUCAAAUUAGAAUUAUAGCUGAAAAGAACAAACCUUUUGUGUAACUUGGGUUGAAGUGUCGGUUAACGACCGUAUCGAUCAAACGAUGCGAUUUGUAAUUAAAGUAUCAAGAACAUGGCAUCGAAUGUGGCCGCGGAAACCAAACGAACUGUCAACCCAAAUGCUUGCGCUGUUUAUGGCAGAGUGCCAUCGGUCGGGAUGGAUCGAACAAGAAUCACAUUUUGCACGGACGUGGAUAAAUCUGUGAUUGUACACAACUUCGAGAAACGCGGCUGGACGCAGGUUGGUCCAGAAGAUGAUUGGAACUUUUACUGGGCCGUUACGCUAUCCUGCAGGAACAUCUUCAGCAUUGAAACUGGAUACAGGAUGGAUGAUAAUCAAAUCAUCAAUCACUUCCCGAAUCAUUAUGAACUCACGCGUAAGGAUCUUCUAGUGAAGAACAUUAAGCGGUAUCGAAAGGAUUUGGAGCGAGAGGGAAAUCCUUUGGCGGAGCGCGUGGAGGGUCCAGGCAAAUAUCUAUACCUCGACUUUAUACCGGUGACUUUCGUCUUACCCGCGGAUUACAAUAUGUUUGUGGAAGAAUAUCGCAAGUCCCCGCAGAGCACCUGGAUCAUGAAGCCAUGCGGCAAAUCGCAGGGCGCCGGGAUAUUCCUCAUCAACAAGCUGAGCAAGUUGAAGAAGUGGUCACGCGAGGCGAAAACACCAUUCAAUCCAAACUUGACAAAAGAGUCGUAUGUCAUAUCCAGAUAUAUCGACAAUCCGCUGCUGAUCGGCAGCAAGAAAUUCGAUCUCCGAUUGUACGUCCUCAUCACGUCAUUUCGGCCGCUCAAAGCGUAUCUCUUUAAAUUAGGAUUCUGCCGAUUCUGCACCGUCAAAUACGAUACCAGCGUUCAAGAGCUUGACAACAUGUACGUGCAUCUGACAAAUGUAUCCGUGCAAAAGCAUGGUGAUGAAUAUAACAGCAAGCAUGGCGGUAAGCUGAGCGUACAGAAUCUGCGUCUGUACUUGGAGAGCACACGCGGAAAAGCAGUCACGGAGAAGCUAUUUGCCAACAUCUCCUGGUGCAUCGUGCACUCGUUAAAAGCGGUAGCACCAGUAAUGGCGAACGACCGGCACUGUUUCGAGUGUUACGGAUAUGACAUCAUCAUCGACAACAAGUUAAAACCGUGGCUGAUCGAGGUAAAUGCCUCGCCAUCUCUCACAUCCACGACGGUAAACGACAGAAUCUUAAAGUAUAAAUUAAUCGAUAACAUCGUGUCGGUGGUCCUGCCUCCGGAUGGUAUGCCUGACGUGAAAUGGAACAAAUUACCUUCCCCGGAAGCUUUGGGUAACUUCGAAUUACUGCUGGACGAGGAGUUGGCGGUUCAGGACGAGAGGGAAUGUUCAUCGAGCAAGUAUCGUGCUUCUUCGUUCAACAAGUGGAAAUAAAUCUCAUACAUCAGGGCCGGACUCUUCUCAAGGCACCGGCGACGGUGGUGGCGGUAGGGGACUGAAAUAAGUGGACGAUCUGGAGCUUGGGGACGGUGGACAGCUGAUCGCCGCGUCACUGUGAUAGACGGAACGUGGGGUGGGCGGUGGCGGAAAUGGUUCGCUCUCGUAACGAUAGCGCGCCGGAUAAUUGCUAUCCGACUCGUCGCAGACGUCGGUGCUACACGGAGUCGGUGGUGGCG